GAGCGAUGUGCAAUCUUUUCCUUCACUCAGAGACUCGAGCUCUCCUCCAGCUCCAUGUCGGUACUGCUGCUGCUGUCUUUGAAGACACUGGGGCCGAGUCGAACAAGCUGGUGCAGAUGGCUCACAGCUCCCUCCUCAACAACUUUGCCGUCCUCUUCAACGGCCUUCAGAUCAACGAUGAAGUCCUGGAGAAAUUCUUGAAAACCUCCUGCUCCAUCAUGAAAGCGUUCUCGGAGGAGUCAGACGUGCAAUCCAUGUACAGACUGUCUGCCGCCAUCGGCACUUUCAUCCACAACAAUGCGACCAGAGUCAGCAUGGCAGGGAAGCUGCGCUUGGAGAACCUCGUCAGAGACAGGGUGCUGGGGCUCGAUGCGGUGAGAGGAGGACUGGGUCAGACUGGAGAUCCCAAGACGCAGCAGUGCUGCUACAAGUUGCUGGAGCAGUUUGAUCUCGUUCGCUUCCUCGCCCCGGGGAUGAAGCACCCCGAGUCCGACGAUGAGUUCGAGCAGCCUUGGACCCCCGAGACGUCUGAAGCUCCUGCCUAG